GACUCUGGGUUCCUGCCGUGGGUAUUUGUUAUUAGGGCUGUAUUCUCACACAGUGCGCGGGUUUGGGGUAACUGCUUCCAGUAUUAAAGAUGGCGCCGAGAUGGUCCGUGGCAGCUGAUGACGUCAUGACGCUUGUUACGUGCUCUACAUCCUAGAGAUAAAAGCUGUGUCUUCCAUUCCGGAGCGCUGAGAACAUGGCCGCCACCACCCGGGGGAGACUCCGCCUCAUCCAUUCAGACAGGAAGCUCGGCAGCUACGGGAGCCCCGCUGGACCAAGACAGCAAUGCCCGCUCUAUUCCUGGCCACUCUCUAUGAAUACUCUCCGCUCUUCUACAUCACCGUGGUGUUUGUCUGCUUCGUCAUCACUUCCGGCCUGGUGCUGGGAUGGUUUGGCGUCGAUGUCCCCAUUAUUCUGAGGAACUCUGAGGAAACCGAAUCCGCAUCCUACAUUUACAAAAAACAGAUGAGAGAAGUGACGAAUCCUUUUGGCUUGGACAUUGUUAGUCCCAGCACAGCAUCUGUAAAAGAUGGCAUUGCAGUAAAUCCGAACUGUCUGGAAGAUUGCCUUUUAACGUUCUACUGGGGCUGCAGCGUAAAGAAAAUACAGGAAGCCUUACAGAGACACAUCUACUGCUCUCCGAUCCAGACGCCCACCGUGCUCGAAGACUCCUUGUAUAACGAAUAUCUCCAUAAAGAGCAACAUAACAUCCGAAAGCAGACUAAAGAAGAAAUAUAUAUUCAGUUGCCCACGGACCACAAAAUAGAGGAUUUUGGGCCUGUACCACGGACCCGUUACCCUCUUAUAGCCCUUCUUACCUUGUCUGAUGGCGACACCCGGGAGCUUUACGAUAUAGGAUCAAUGCUGACCGUUAUCCACAUACCUGAUGACAUUUACCGGCUGCCAUGCAGGAUAAUGUACCAGUACAUACUCACACAACAAGGUCUAUUUUAUGAUCUUAAGCAACUUUUCAUGUCUGCAAACAGCAGCCGCUCCGAGUCCCCACGUGACUCCCCCUCUCCUGUCCCUAGUGAUGGGGAUUUUCUGGAGGACGCUGGUAAAGACUGCGUUGUGUGUCAGAAUGAUGGAGUGAACUGGGUUCUUCUGCCGUGCCGCCAUGCAUGUCUGUGCGACGGAUGCCUUGCCUACUUCCACCAUUGCCCCAUAUGCAGACAGUUUGUGCAAGAAUCCUUCCCAUUGCACAGUAGGGGUCCAAGGAAUGAAAGCCACCUUACCCCUGGGGACUGACUGGACAAGAGUGUACCCCGCUAGUUCAGCGCAAAGAAGGUUUUAUUUAUUUACAUAGACAUAUAGUGUACCAACACCUCACCGUUCAACACGUGUCGUGGGUAGAAGUUUGGUUUAAUGAGCAGUGAGUGCUUUAUUUGCUAAACCAGAAACAUUCUCCAACUUAACUACAGCCUCCGCUACGCUGUAUUUUCCUAAAUUGUGCAAUCCUGUACCAUUGGGGCUUAACCGAGAUCUCCGCUAUCAUUGGUGAUCUAACCGUGCCAGCGACGAAUUGCUGUAUUCUCACUUCUAACCAAGACCCGUG